CUUUCGGCAGCGUAUAGUAAAAAUCUUGUCUGGUUCGUGGUACGAACAGAGAUCAACAUUGAGAAGAUCGGUCGAGCUGGUUCGCUCGACGGUUGCUUCACCGAUUGCCUCGAUUAUGAACGCAUCGGAGGACACUUGGCAAACAAGGCAAACUACCAGCAUAGCAUGAGCUACUAGGAUGUGUUAUGUUGUGAUCGCAAAGUUCAUUCGUCGGCGAUUGGUGUUAGCGAUUAUUUUUCUGCUUUCCUUGUCCUACUGUAUGGUUCAUAUGAUCCUGAAGAACAACAGGUUAAACCUGAAUGGAGAUUAUCUACAAACGCAGCUUCGUCAUAAAACCAUCAUCUGGACCAAACCACGGCCAGCGUACCCACCACCCUGGAUCGAUACGGCAUCAGAAGGAGCGUACAACAACACCGAUGAGCAACCUGCUCCGACCAGUUGCCGCAAUUCCAUCCAGGGCAAAUCGCUCAUCGUGGAUGAUCGAGGCUACGUAUGCUCGCAUUCGGAGCUGCUGACGAAUGGAUGCUGCAACAGCGAGGAUAGCGAUCCUCGUCAACUGUUCCCGUGCACCACGUGUCUGCCCAACCGGUGCUGCGCGGUGUUCGAGUACUGCGUUUCCUGUUGUUUGAAUCCCGACAAGCGACCGAUCCUGGAAGAGGUGCUAGCCAAAGCGAAUGGGCGACAGGUCGCGCUGUACGCCGAAGUGACCGACCAGUUCGAGCUGUGCUUAACCAAAUGCCGCACCAACUCGCAAUCGGUACAGAACGAGAAUAAGUAUCGAAAUCCGGCGCAGAAGCACUGCUACGGGGAGAUGACCGAUGCGCUUUGGCUGUCCGCUAGCGGCAAGGACGCGCAGAAACCUUUCCCGGACGAUGGCUGAUGACUGUUGAGCACGAAAGACAGCUUAAAUCCUGUGUAGAAAACGCCGGAUUGACUCGAUGUUUCCUAUAGUCUUCUCGUCCUUUUAGAAUGAAUUGUAACAGGUGGCGAAAGAUGAGGUGAUUGCGAAACCAGGUGUAUCUUAUAAAUAAAUUCAAUUGUCUUUGUUAGAUGGAUUA